AUGGCACGCCAAGACCAGGUCCGGGGAAAGCCUAUAUGCGUGCCGGCCACCGACCUCGGCAUGGCCGAGCGAGAGUGGGUCGAGUGGAGUCUUCGCAUCACCAGCGCUUUGUCGGCGGUCGGGUGCAUGUACGUCAUCGUUCGGUACAUGCUCGGCCGAAGCAGAGCCGACCGCAACGUGACGUCGAUGCUCGUUGUCGCGUUGGCAGUCUUCGAGCUGAUGAUUGCGAUUGCCAAAGCCCCCGCGACGCAGUUCAUCGUGUUCCAGUUGGACAGCAUGACCCACGACACAUGGGUCAAAGCAGCGAUCCAGCCACCGCUGGAAGCGUCGCUGUGCCAGGUGCAGGGGUACUUGAUCCAGGUGUUCAUGCUGCAAGCGGUGCUAUGGAAUAACUGCAUGGCGUACAACUUGCUGCGCUGGGUCGUGUACCGAGACACGGAAGAAGCGCUGCAGAGUCGAUUUUGGCUCUACUUGUUUGCUACGUCGACGUUUUCGGUCGUGUGGGGGCUCGGCGCGGCAUUGCCCGUCUGGACGCUUCACUCGGAAACCCCCGUGUCCAUGUUUGGAUUUGCUCGAUUCUUUUGCUGGAUGCAGUACCCCGACGUCUCGAUCUGGGGCUUCAUUUCGUUUGUGCUCGUCACGUUGGGGUACACGGCCGCGCUCAUGAUCAAGAUUCGACGCGUCGUCGUGGCCCGAGCCAAGCAAAACGCCGCCAUGGCGACGAUCGACACGGACGUCGAUGCCAUCCAACGGCGUUUGUUUCUGUACGUAUUUGCGUUUUUCAUUUUGCACGCGCCGCCCGUGCUGUACCGAGUGAUUUUGUACGUGGCCCAAAACGCAGCCAAGAACGACCCGAUCGACAAGAAUGCGCCGCACCAGUGCGCGUUGGCCGCUGUCAACAUCUUUGGGAUCGUCGCGCAGAUCUGGAUCAACUUGCAAGGGUUUGUCAAUGCGCUCAUUUACAGCGGGUUCAUUCGAUCUCCCAACUGCCCGUUGCUGCAGCGAGACGGGUCCGUCUUGUUGUCGGGCCACUUGCCGCCACCGAGCAUCUACUUGGAAGAGGUCGGGUCCACUGCGUCUGGAGCGGCGUCGCCCACGACAAGCGAGCGCAUCUCGAUCUUUGCGUCGACGUUCAACAUGGCGGAAGGAGCCGUGCCCCCGGACGACCAACUUGAAAUGUGGAUCCCGAAAGGCCACGACGUGUACGUGAUCGGGGUCCAAGAGUGCCUGAAUCUUGUUCCGAUGCGUCAUGCCAUGGCGGCGCACAUCCAGCGCAUCAAUGGCAAGCCCUUUGUCGAGUACGGCCGUGAAAUUGGACGAACAGAAAAGGUGCUCGGGUUCCAUGGGUUCAUUGCGAUCACGGUGUACGUCGCUUCUGCCGACGUCCAUGCGGGCCACUUCCACAUGCAUCUUGAAGCAUCGUCCAAGGGCAAGAGCAAAAUCAAAAAGCGCCACCAAGACGGGUCCAACAUCUUGACCAACAUGCACCUCCAGUCGAUCGACAACGAGUUCGACUGCCACCUGAUGGCGCACCACACCAUCUUCAUGGGCGACCUCAACUACCGCCUCACGGCGCUCGACGCGACGCCGGACCGCAUCCUCAACAUGAUUGCAGCCGUGGUGAAUUCCCAUCUCAGCAACAGCACCAUCAAACGAGGCCAGGUGUUCGCGUCGGCCCCAGGUCCACAUGCUAUGCCAGGGGCAAGGCGUAACAUGUUCUUGAGCGAACCUGCAGCCAUCGUAGACACCCGACCGUCCUGCAUUCGUGUACCGAGCGACGACCGGCACGAUGCCAUGUCGUCCACGCCGUCGAUCGCGUCGUCGUCUGCCGCGUCCAUGUCGUGGCGGCACCUACUCGAGCACGACGAGCUCAAGCAGUGCAUGGACGAAGGCGUGAUCUUCACCGACUUUGACGAGGCCCAGAUCACGUUUCCGCCCACGUACCGCCGCGUGUUGCACCGGAUGCUGAACCCGCAUGCCGUCGCCACCACCACCGACAUCGCCGACCUCUACACGACCGUGUUGACCGACGGCCGCGUGCGCGUGCCGUCGUACACCGAUCGCAUUUUGUACCAUUCGCUGCCCAAGUUGCAGGACCGAUUUGCGUGUGUGCAAUACACCAGCGCCGAGUACAUUGGCACGUCCGAUCACAAGCCCGUGUCGUGUGUGUUUGAAGUCGUGGUUGAAAAAGGCCCGGGUGCUGGCGCGGCAGCGAUGGCCCCGCACACGUCCCUCCUUCCAUGCAAUGUUCGAGGGACGCCGGUCAAGGCGCUGACGGUGCACCUGACGUGCCUCGAGUUGACGUGGGGCCCGGUGUUGGAAAAAUUCAUGACCGACAACGGCGACGACGACUGGUCGGUCAGCGAUGACGACGGAUCGUCGUCCCAUGGCGGUCGGGCGUAUUCGGUCGCGUCAUGGUCCGGUGCGCCGUUUCAAAGUGCCAACACAACGCCCAAGCCGAUCAUGGAAGGCCUCCCAGUGCCGCCGUCCUCGACGGUGCAUGGGAACCGGCUCCGCGUGCGCAGCUUGUUUCCGCUACCGUGUGAAGACGAUUUUGCCGAGGAACGCAAACUCGCCGAACUCGCCGACCAUUUCCAAGGUCCGUUUUCGACGCGAAACGAGCGAAAACUCGUGCCGGCGUGGAAAUUGAGCCCGUGGAAGACCCUGGCCGACCAUGGGCUCAAGCAGACGGUCGUGCUGCCAGCCUCACGACGGCACGUCCACGUCGCGCUGAGUUUUAUCCUGCCGUCCGGUUUCUCCGCUGGCCAGUGCGUCGUGAGUUUGAUGGACGCGUCCCAUCGCAUGGGCCGACAAGUCGACUUCGAAGCCGUUGUGACACUGGGUGGACGGCGGGCUGGUCUCCUCGCGGGCAAAGUGAGUCUGUUUGUAGACGCUGCAGUCGCCAUGGACGUCGCACAGUAAUUCAUUUAUCUAUUCAACCCGCU